UCGCCAAGGACGAAACGAGAAUAUGGUGGAACCGGCAGCACUUUCAUCUUUAAAAGCAUCGUCAAUGGCGGCAAAGAAGUUCGACGUGAAGGUUGAGGAGCUUCUUGACCGGAUGCUCGCUUGUUUGGCUCUCUGCGAAAUUCCAAGCUUGAAAUCUUGCUCUCCAAGCUCCUCCCUCUUUGUAUCUCCUCCAAUUCCGGUGAUGUUUGCAAAAAGGUUUCAUAGUAGUUCCACUUUCACACUGAUAUUUUCCUCUUUGAUAUGGAUAGGAAAGAAUAAUGGAAAAACAAUUAGUUUGUGGAACUUUUUGAAAUUUUCCUACAUGUUGGAGAUAUCAACUCUCCUGAUGUUAAAGGAAUGUAAGUAUUUUGAAACUUUAAUGUGACACUAAAGUAUAAUAGAAACUCUGAGAAUUGUGCUUA